UGAAGAGGUGGCCUGGAGCGAAGAGGUGGCCCGGAGCGAGGAGGUGGCCAAGAGUGAAGACGUGGCCCAAAGCGAAGAGGUGGCCGGGAGCGAGGAAAUGGCGGCAGGAGGCCUCAGCGUGACCGUCACCCACAGCAAUGAGAAGCUUGAUCUUCAUGUUACCCCGCAACAGGGCUGGAGUGAGCCAAUUGUUCAAGACCUGGCCCAGGUUGUUGAGGAAGCCACAGGGGUCCCACUGCCUUUCCAGAAACUUAUAUUUAAGGGAAAAUCUCUAAAGGAAAUGGAGAAGCCAUUGUCAGCACUUGGAAUACAAAAUGGUUGCCGUGUCAUGUUAAUUGGGAAGAAGAACAGCCCAGAGGAAGAGGUUGAACUCAAGAAGUUGAAAGAUUUGGAGAAGUCUGUGGAGAAGAUAGCUGACCAACUGGAAGAACUGAAUAAAGAGCUUACUGGAAUCCAGCAGGGUUUUCUGGCGAAGGAUUUGCAAGCUGAAGCUCUCUGCAAACUCGAUAGGAGAGUAAAAGCCACAAUUGAGCAAUUUAUGAAGAUAUUGGAAGAGAUUGACACACUGAUUCUGCCAGAAAAUUUCAAAGACAGUAGACUGAAAAGGAAGGGUUUGGUGAAAAGGGUUCAGGCAUUCCUAGCAGAGUGUGACACUGUGGAACAGAACAUCUGCAGGGAGACAGAGCGGCUACGGUCCACAAACUUAGCUCUCGCCGAGUGAGGUAUCUGAACAUCCCUUGAACUUAAGUCAAAUGUCUCUUCCAUGGAGAAACCUCACCUACUGUCCGAGAACACAUCAAACCCCCAGGCGAUAUCGCUUCCCAUUUUGCCAUAACUUUUCUUUAUGAUAAAUAGCAUGAUAAACCAUGUUGAUUUAUUUGUGGGAUUAUUUGAUUAAUAUUUACCUUUAACCCUAGACUCUCUAAGUUCCUUGGGUUAAGGAGCUUCUUUGUCUUGUUAACAGCAUAUUCCAAGCACAUUGUCUAUUUAUAAUGGGUGCUCAAUAAAUAUUUGGAGAAUGAA